UUCACCACCCGUCUCGCUACCCCAUCCGCUGUCGCUCAUCGUAGACUCACCUCCUUUGUCCGUCAAAUGUCGUCUCACGAAGUUGUCAUUGUCGCUGCCUCCCGGACGCCAGUCGGCUCCUUCAAUGGUUCACUAAAGUCUCUAACAGCGCCUCAGUUGGGCAUCGUGGCUCUCAAACAUGCUUUCGAGCAGUCUAAGGUCGAUCCGACAGUCAUGGAGGAGAUCUUCUUCGGCAAUGUCAUCCAGGCCGGCGUCGGUCAGUCACCGGCGAGGCAGGUUGCACUGGGUGCCGGCAUGAGCCCCACUUCGGACGCAACAACUAUCAACAAGGUCUGCGCCAGUGGCAUGAAGGCUGUCAUCCUUGGUGCGCAGACAAUCUCGACAGGCUACAAGAGCGCUGUUGUCGCCGGUGGAAUGGAGAGCAUGAGCAACGCUCCAUAUCUCUUGCCACGAUCGAAUCCCAUAUUCGGCAAAUUCGAGGUCAAGGACGCAUUGCAGAAUGAUGGUCUUUGGGAUGUAUACAACGACUUCGCGAUGGGCAACUGCGGAGAGUCAGCGGCCGAGAAGUUCCAGAUUACGCGAGAAUCCCAGGAUGCGCAUGCUGUCGAGUCAUUCAGGCGGGCAGAGCGGGCAUGGAAAGCGGGUGCGUUCGAAGCCGAGAUUGCUCCCGUAACCAUCAAGGGCAAGAAGGGCAACACUAUCAUUGCGGAAGACGAGCAGUAUAAGCGGGUGAUUUAUGAGAAGAUCCCAACAUUGAAUCCCGCAUUCAAGGCGGGUGGAACCAUCACGGCUGCAAACUCCUCACCCCUCAAUGAUGGUGCAUCAGCCUUGCUUCUGAUGUCGACUGAGAAGGCGCAGGAGCUUGGUGUCAAGCCCUUGGCCAAGAUUAUCUCGUAUGCCGAUGCUGGCGUUGAUCCCAUUGACUUCCCUAUCGCACCGACAAUUGUCCUCCCCAAGGCUCUGGAGCGCGCAAACCUGAAGAUUGAGGACAUCGCGUUGUUCGAGAUCAACGAGGCGUUCUCGGCAGUCAUCCGGAUAGCUGAGAGUGUUCUUGGCCUUCAUCCAGAGAAGAUCAAUGUGAACGGCGGCGCUGUGGCACUUGGACAUGCCAUCGGCAACUCUGGAUCACGUAUCAUCGUCUCGCUCGUCCACGCGCUAAAGUCAGGCGAGUAUGGUGCGGCCGGUGUCUGCAACGGAGGUGGCGCUGCAUCGGCGAUUGUUAUUCAGAAGCUGUAGGAUUGGGCCUUUGCGGGUAUCUAUGUUAUUUGUUCUGAUCCCUAUUGCAUCCGACAUGGUGUCAAUUUCAUGAUACGCAAUGGAUAUGCUUUAUUGGAACAGCGGAUAUUGCUUGAACAGACAAUAAAGGCGCGCGUCUCCUCGGAGUGAACACACAUUAAUUCACGCGAAAUUACGUUGCUCCUCCGUGGCCUUCGCAGUACCUAUGACUACUGCAUCACUAGUUGCAGAUGUGGUUCUGAGAACACCAACUUCAUUUCUGCGGCAACAACCUGUUCUCGCUUAUAGGGAGGAUAGUCAAGCAUUUAGUACGUAGCUAGAACCCUAAUGGUCUGGACCUGUAUUCACGACUAUUAAACAGCGCAGGAGUGUGAGUCCAG